CCACUUCGUGUGUGUUCGCAUUUUGCGUUGGCUGGGCAUGCAAAUUGCAGUUAGUUGUGCUGAUAACGCGUAACGAAUUACAUCUUGCCGUCAGUGAAGUUAUAUUAUUUAAAGUGUAAAACUGUUUCGAGAAAAUUCGGGAUUAUAUUAAAAACAUUAACAAAAAGUGAAUAUACAUUUGCAUUACUUCUAAAUACUGUUAGUGCUAAAGAUUAUGCAUUUAUAAAGUAUUACAGAGUGAUAAUUGUUCCGUCGGUGACUGCAUUUCGUGAUCGGCGUGCAAAUUUUGUUAGUGUUUUUCUUUUCGCUUAUUUUUGUGCCUUACGGUGCAUUGCCCGUGGGAUGGUGGCUCGCCGCUACAUUUGUAAUUGGAAUCUCACUAUGAAUAUAUGUACAUAGAYGAUUCCAUUGACCGCGUGCACGUAUGAACUUGUACACGCUGCCUCAGACCGACAUCAUAAAUUCCGUGACACUUCGCGGCAUAUAUAUAAUUAAUAGAUUUUAUUUGCAUAUAUACAUAUGUACAUAUAAACAUAAUUGACUAUUGUGCAAAUGUAUGUACAAGAGUUGAAACAUAUCUAAUUAAGAGUUGAUUGUUUUUGAUGUGCAUAACAAUAAAUUGUGAUUACUCAGCCUCAUUACACUAUAUUUUCUCUUACAUGGAAUUUUAAUUAUUUUGCUGAAUCGUUUAGCAACAAUCGCGUUAUUUACAUUUUGCUAUGCACACACAUGCACAUACAUAUGUACAUAUUGGUGUGCAGUCAAUAUACAAUGUUGAAAGAGUUUCGCUGAGGAACAUUUCACACAGCGACAUUUGGAAUAAAUGAAGAGAGUGGAGAAUUUGUAACAGGUAUGCAACAAGGUUUUUAAGUGUGCCAGCUUGCCUUCGUUAACCUAGUUUUUGCAACAGUUGCGCGGUUAUGUAAAAAUACAACAACUAUAACAUAAAUAGCAAGCACACACGCGCCCGAAGCUUCAAUAUUGUGAUGCUAAAAACAAAACGCUUGAAAUGCUGCGGCUCGUUGCUUUCAGGGAGUUCAAGUGAAUGCCGCAACAACGAGGCUCUCACACACGCAUACGCACACAUACAUAAGUGCACAUUUACAACCGAAGUAAAAAAAAAUGCAUUUCAAACGAAAGUGCAAGCCGCGCCGCUGCAGCAAUAAGGGGCGGUGUYGCAGGCGCCCACCCGACUUCCACUUGAUAUCAACACGUAAAAAACAGAAUAAACACAAAUCUGUUGCGGUGCUGCAUCGAAAUUGCAUUUGGAAUUACAAAAAUUCGACAAAGUCUAACAAAGAGAGUUAAUCGAGGAGAAAAAAUUUCGAUUCUCGCUGCCGAAAACGGCAGGAAACGUGAAAUCGAGAUUAACACUUAAAAGGAAUUGCUGGCACACUGUAAGCACCGAAAAAUUGAAAAGGCUCCAGGAAGCCGGAAAUGCACCUUAGCAAAAGCAAAAGCAAAACGAAAACGAAAACGACAACAUAGUGGAGUGCAAGAAUAAAUACAACGCAGUCAAGUGUAAUUUUUUCACAGCAAAAAGUCAAUAGAAUAAACACAUAUCUAUGCGCUAGUAACGGUUGUUUUAGCAAAAGGAAAAUAAAAUCGAAUGGCAUAUAAAUCGAACGACAUUGAAGUCAGUGAAAUGUGAAAGAGCUAGUGACGUCAGUAGGCAGCGACGAACAAAUAAAAGAAAAGCGCAAUCUGUAAGAGUACCAAAUGCGGUUGCAAUGGAUCCGGUGCAAAACUAGUUUUAAAGCAGUGUGACAGCACGUCACAACUCCGUUGUAAUAGAAAAAGUUUCGAAGCAAUUUUCUUCAUUUUUAAUUUUUUGCCUGUGGCCUCCCAACAAAGUAUGUGARCUGCAUACAUAUAUUGGUUUCAGUUUCCAAAGUGAAAAUUGAAAAGGGAGUAACUGCGCCCAGCAAACCAAUGCGAAUUAGUAUAGAGCGAUAUCGCGUAAAAGAGUUUGUGGAAUUGACAACUAAUGUAUUACGGUGCGUGCUCUUAUUUCCUUGUGGCAACAAAGCGUAAAAUUGGCCUAUCACUCGAUACACAGCGCGGACCAGCGACAUAAAGCGUAUAUUUUUUGUGAAAAGUGUAAAUAUUUGAGAAAAAACGUAAAUAGUUCAUAAUGGAAGUGAGUAAAGUUUAUAAACCGUGUGUUCGGGCUCUUCGGUUGGCAAGGAAACGUGCAACAGUACGAUCAACGUGGCGCACAAUGUUGCUAUUUGUUGGCAUAUUUUUCUUUAUACCAGACAGCAGCACGGCGCUGAGCAAUGURAGCGUCUCGAUACCUUCGGCCGUUAAACGUGGCGAUAACGCCAUCUUAAUCUGCAAUUACAACCUGGAAUAUGAAAAUCUAUAUACAGUUAAAUGGUAUCGWGGACGACGGGAAUUUUAUCGCUAUACGCCGAAGGAGAAUCCAGCACUGAAGAUAUUUCCGGCGAGUGGCGGAUAUUCGGUUGAUAUGGCCGAAUCGAACGCCACACAUGUUUUCAUCAGAAAUCCUAUUUCUGGCAAAUAUAGCUGCGAGGUUUCAGCAGACGCGCCAUCCUUCAACACAUUCUUAGUGUCUGGCGAAAUGGAAGUUGUAGAAUUACCCACACAACGCCCAGUUAUAACUGGAAUUCACUCUCGUUACCGUCUCGGUGAUGUCAUUAACGGCAACUGCUCAUCCGACUUUUCAAAACCGGCAGCGAAUUUAACUUGGUGGAUCAAUGACUUGCAGGCGCCACCAGAUUCAGUUCGCACAUUUGGCAUUCAACGUCAUUUCUCGGAGAAUUUGGAAUCUGCGAUAGUGGAAAUUAACUUUGUUGCCGCACUGCAUCAUUUCAACAAAGGUCGCCUAAAGUUGAAGUGCUCCGCUCGUAUCUACGAUAUUUAUGUGCAAGAGGCUGAGAAGCUUAUCGAGGAAGAUCGUCCGCGCAUUUUGGCUUCAGGCCGUUCGCCAGAGCUGAAUAUGUAUCCAUUUGAUCAUUUAUCGGAUACGGAAGGUUUCGAUGAACAUAACGAAUUGUACUUAACACAUUACAACAAUCACGCAUCAGUAGCAACGGGAAGAACGAAGGUGCCAUUAGAGUCACAGCUUCUCAAAGUGGCCGUUGCUUUUCUGCUCAUGGCCGCAACCAAUAGCCUUUUCAAGCCCACAAUGGAAGCAAUUGCUCAAGCAGCAGAAGGAAGUCAUUUGCAGAUUGCGAGCAAAAGAAACGAAAUCGCCACCGAAAAUCGAAUUAUUUUAAAGCAAUUCCAAGAAAGUAGAGCAGAAAUUAAUUUACAAACGAAAUGUGUCAAAGAGUGUGAACCGACUGCACGACGUAUGUUGUUUGAAAUGCGGUGAUAAGUAAAAAUCA